UGGGACUUGAGAGAAAUGUACGCCGACAACCCAGUAGAAAUAGAUAUGAUUGUAGGAAAAGACCGGGAAGGUUUCUUUACCAACGGUUUGACUCUUGGCGCAAAGAAGUGCUCAGUGAUCAGAGAUAGCCUAUACGUCGAUGGUGACUGCACAAUGGACAUUCGGACAAAGAGUCAAGGUGGGGAGCCAACAUACAACGUUGCUGUCGGCAGAGCUGGUAGAGUCUUGGUCUUUGUAAUGGGAAAAGAAGGGGUCCAUGGAGGCGGAUUGAAUAAGAAGGCAUACUCAAUGGCAAAAUACUUGAGAGACUCUGGGUUCUAGCUGCUAGGCAGACUGUUAAGUAUUAGGGGAAAAUUGCUCUUAAACUUUCCUAGCUGUAAGCUUGAGUCUUAAUUCUGGAAAUUUUAUUAGCAAUGCAGGGUGAUGGGGUAUGAACCUGUGUCUCCUUUGUAUCCCUCUGUUGGUGGGGAAAGGUGUCUUUCUUUCUGCCCUCCCCCCCCCCUUAAAUAAUUAUGUUCACUUUUGUUUUGUUUCCCUAUGUACUCCAGCAUUGGUUAUAGUCAUGGGAAAGGAAGGUGUCCACGGAGGCACACUUAACAAGAAAGCAUAUGAACUCGCUUUAUACCUGAGGAGGUCUGA